AUUUUUCCUUGGUUUUUUCGGUAAACCAUGAUAAAUUAGGUCCUUGGGCACCUCGGCAAGAUCUAGAGUUGUUUAUAUGAGAAUUCUGAUAUCGAAGGUCGUGGGAAGGAGAACAAAAAUACAAUUUCAACAAUCUAUAGCUGCAGGGAGCCGGCACAAUGGGAGUGGAGAAGCAAUUGUUGAGGGCUGGAACCGGUCCGAAACCCGUUCCUGGUCAGACUGUCACCGUCCACUGCACGGGCUUCGGUAAAAAUGGUGAUCUCUCACAGAAGUUUUGGAGCACAAAAGAUCCUGGGCAGGAGCCUUUCUCGUUUAAAAUUGGCCAAGGUGCAGUAAUCAAAGGAUGGGAUGAAGGUGUGUUGGGGAUGCAAGUAGGAGAAAAUGCUCGUCUUCAGUGCUCUCCUGACUAUGCAUAUGGUCCUAAUGGAUUUCCAGCAUGGGGAAUACUGCCCAAUUCGGUUUUGGUUUUUGAAAUUGAAGUCCUUAGAGUGCAGUGACCACAUUUUUUUUUUUUUCGAGAGUUGGUAACAAUCCAGGAAAUCAUUUGACUAUCCUUUACAUAAUUUCAUGGAUCAUAUGCUUAGUUUCUUGAUCUAUGAACACCUUUGAGUUUUUGAUUUCGUGAACUCAAUUCUAUAAUUUCAUAUUUACAUCAGUUAUGACGACAACAGUUUCUUCA